CGCGCGCUCGCGCUCCCGGCGUCCCCCGCGGCGCUGCCCUUCACGGCGGCCCAAGAUGGCGACGGCGACGGGAAUCAUCCAAAAGCUCCGAAACUUCCUGGCGGGGCGGAACCUCCAGGAGAAGCUGGCGCUGCGCUACGGGGAGAUCGCCAAGAGGACCCAGCCGCCGCCGCGGCUCCCGGUGGGCCCCAGCCACAAGUUCGCCGAUAACUAUUACUGCGGCCGGGACGGGCGCCGCGAGUCGCUGCCGCCCGUGGUGGUGGUGGCGGCGCAGAAGACUCUGGCUGCAGGGGCACAACCCGGCAGGUGGCAGGAAGUUCAGUUACUGUGCUCUGGAGCACCUAUGUCCAGCUCUGGGGCAUCCAAGAAAGAUGUAGAUAUAUUGAAGCAAGCCCAGAGAAGGCCACGAUGAUGCAUCAAAGGCUGGAGCCCCUCUGCUCUGGAGACAGUUCAGACUCUGCAGUGACAACAGCACAGAAAAAAGCAGUGACACCAGGACCACCACUUAGGAAGUGGGAGAUUUCCAAGGACCAGCCCUACCUGUGAGCAGGGAGCGAGCC